GGAAGCACCACCUAGUUUUCGCCUGAGUGACGUAAUCGAAGGCGCCGCGUCUCCCUUUGGUUUCCGUCGCUCCUCUUUGGACAUUUGGGAAAACGUGGUGUUUUAUUUUGUUUUCGGCGAGGAAGGAAGUUUAACGAAAACCAGGCGUGUUCCGUCUUCCGGAACACACGCAUUAAUGAGUACCAAUGCAGAAAUACUGAAUGAAAACAAAGCCAUGACAAUCAAUACAAGCACAGGACCAAUAGAAACUUCUGUCAAGCAUUUUCCUUUUAAAGCUCCAAGAUUUAUUCACUCUGGCACUGGUGGAGCAGCAGCUGGCAAGAAGAACAGAACGUGGAAGAAUCUGAAACAAAUCCUUUCUUCAGAAAGAACACUGCCAUGGCAAUUAAAUGAUCCAAGCUACUUCAGUAUUGAUGCUCUUACUUCAUUUAAACCAGUCAAAAAAUAUUCUGAUAUUUCAGGACUGCCUGCAAACUAUACUGACCCUCAGAGCAAACUGAGAUUUAGUACAACUGAGGAAUUUGCCUAUAUCCGAAUGCUUCCUUCAGAUGUUAUUUUGGGUUACCUUACACUAAGGAAAGCAACAAAUGUUGUUCCCUGAGAAACAAAAACAAAGCCAUCAUCAUCUUUUUUAAAAAUGUAGGAUGUAUUGUAUUGAAUGCACAGAAUGUAUACUAUCAAAUGAUAAAUGUUUUCAAUUCAAUUAAAGUAUUAUUAUUGA